CCAUCACCCAAGCCAGACCGAACUCCCAUCUCCCAUCUCCAUCUUUCCCUCUCAACCUUCGCCCUCGCCCUCUUCCUCUGUGACGGCCUUUUCCUAACCCAGCCUUUUCUGCUUCCCACUGACGCCAAUAGCUUGGACAUGCUGGCUCCGGACGCAAGCCCGAACCGGCUGCUGCAUCAUCAUGCCUCCUCUACCCUUCCUCCCUCCUCUUACUCGCUCCUCUCGUACUCCUUGCUCCCUCCUGUGCCUUACUCCUGACUUUUCCACUAGUCUCGUUUGCUUUGGGCCCUGACGUUGACUAGAAGCUCUUCCCAAGAGCCCUGAUUCUGUCUCUCAGCCGUACUGACGUUCUACCUCGACCUAUAUUUCCUGUCUCUCCCUGAUUUCUCCCUUCUCUUCUCUCUCUCUGCCCACUAAACCCUAAAGCGCCCACACUUGCUCUACUUCUUCCACCUCUUCCCAGAACACCUAGACUCGCUCCAUACAAGCCUUCAGAAUGCCUCGAAGAAGACGCCAGGACUCCGACGAGGAAGAAGAGGAGGAGGAGCUCCAAGCUCUUCCCAGUGAUGAGGAGGAAGAGGAAGAAGAAUAUGAAGAUUCCGAGCUCGACGACGAGGAAGGAGAAGAAGACGAAGAGGAUGCAGAGGAUGGAGAGGAUGGAGAAGGAGAAGAGGACGAAGAGGCUGAAGAGCCAGCACCCGCGAAGAAGCGCAAGGCUGACACCGACGACGCCGAACCUGCAACUAAGAAGAGCAAGACUGAAGAGAAUGGCGCUGAUGAAGAGGAAGAUGCUGAAAAUGAUGCUCCAGACGAUGAGGAAGAUGAGCAAGAGCAAGAAGAGGACGAGCCUGCGGUCAAGACAAAGGUUGUCCAGGAAUCCGAGGGCAAGGCAACGGCAGCCGAAGCAGAGACAGAGAAGCUCGACGCUGAAGAAUAAUUGUCUUCCAGCAUGUGCGGUUCAUCUUGGGCUUCGAAGGUCUUUGGGAAAACUCUUCCAGAUAGAGAAAACGCGUACAAGUCGGUUACAGCUCGGUAUCCAAGAGUCCUUUCACUUGCCUGUAGUCAACAACCAUUCUUCUUGUUUAAA